UGCUAAAUACGACGGUAGACCAUCUAUAUUCAACAGAAUAGGGCCUAAUAAACCAGCUCAUUGGUGUUUUAUCAUAUUUUCGUAAUCUACCUUCAAGUUCCAAUAGUUUUGGAAAAAAUACAGGUAGACAAUAUCUAUUUUGGCAUGAGACUUGGCGUGAGAAAUGUUGGCUGAAAUGUGCUGCGCUGAGUGUUCAAGAGUGGAUGAAGAAAGUUUCGCCUUUACGCCGACAGGGGGCAGUAUCUAACAAAAUGGCGGCGCCCAUGUGCUGAAAUUUUAAACUUGACGUCUAUUAGUGAAAUGAUGUAUAUUUAUGAAACAUGCAGGCAAAUAGCAACAUACUAGUGUCUGUUUUGUUUUUUCAUCUUACGAUAUUCUCCCUAUGUCCAGUAGAAACUCUGGAACCAGUAACAUCUGGGAUAGCAGUUGUUACAGCUUUGGCCGCUUCGGGAUUAUUUGCAGGUUAUGAACUCCUGAAAUGUCGAAUGUACGAAUGUUGCGACGACAGAUGGCUCAUAGCAAAUCUGACUGGUAUGAAGACAGCAUUGGAAUCUCGUCUCCAUGGACAGCAUCUUGUUGUUGAUACUACUGUCAGGGCCAUCACAGGACAUAUUAAAAACAAAAAUCCACAAAAAGCCUUGGUUCUUGCCUUCCAUGGAUGGACAGGCGGAGGGAAGAACUUUGUUAGUAAGAUAAUAGCUGAGCAUCUCUACCACAAGGGCAUGGAGAGUCAAUAUGUUCACCUGUUUAUUGCCACACUACAUUUUCCCCAUGCCAGCAAGGUGGAGACGUAUAAAGACCAGUUGAGAACUUGGAUUAAAGGGAAUACCACCAAGUGUCCUCGCACUCUGUUUAUAUUUGAUGAGAUGGAUAAAAUGCCUGAAGGCCUUAUAGAUGCAAUAAAACCUUUCCUAGAUGUUUACCCAGAGAUAAAUGGAGUAAAUUAUAGGAAAACAACAUUUAUUUUUCUAAGUAACACUGGUGGUAAUGCAAUCACAGAGCACACCAUUGCCCACUGGGAAAAAGGAAAAAGGAGGGAGGAGAUAAAACACAAGGACAUGGAAAACGUCAUUAUUUUGAGUGCAUACAAUGAACAUGGCGGCCUGUGGCACAGCAAUAUCAUUGAGAUGAACUUAAUAAGCAGCUUUGUACCGUUUCUUCCUCUGGAGAGAAAACAUGUCAAGAUGUGCAUUAGGGAUGACCUGAGAGCUAAAAAUAUUUCAGAUGAAAAAAUUACAGAGGAAAUUCUCAGCAAAGUAGCAGAUGAGCUGCAGUACCACCCUCCCAGUAAACAACUUUUUUCAAAGUCUGGAUGCAAAAGAGUGUCUCAAAAAGUUGACUUGAUUUUGGAGGAUUUUGACAAUGAUUGAACCUUACUUCAAUGUGUUUUUUUUUUCAAAGUUGUUUAGUAUUUAUUUUUGCUUGUCCAGGGGUCUUUGCGGAAAUGGUGUCUGCGGUUUUGCUUUUCCAGGAAUCGUGUUAAUAAUUUAAAUGAUAUCAUGUGUCUGCUAAGAUUAGUUUCUUUGUAAAACGUAAUGUUGAUAACAA